CAAGCUGAAUGUUUCCACCCGGACAUGAAACAGAGGAGCACCAGAGUCUUGCAGUCCGUCCGGGUGAAGAAGUGGGUGAAAGGUGCUGCAGACUAACUCAGAGCCGCACACGGUCAGACCGGAAAAAGUCAAAAUGUCCAAACAGCCGCAGCCGAUCAGCCCGAUGAAGAACUUCUUCGCUGGAGGCUUUGGAGGAAUCUGCCUCGUCUUUGCAGGACAUCCACUGGACACCAUUAAAGUGCGCUUACAGACUCAGCCCAAGCCCAAACCUGGAGAGAGCCUCAUCUAUGCCGGAACAAUUGAUUGUUUUAAAAAGACUUUAGCCAAAGAGGGUGUGAAAGGACUCUACAAAGGCAUGGCAGCUCCCAUCAUUGGAGUCACACCCAUGUUUGCCGUCUGUUUCUUUGGAUUCGGACUGGGCAAGAAACUACAGCAGAGGACUCCUGAUGAUAUCCUUACGUAUCCACAGCUGUUUGCUGCAGGGAUGUUGUCUGGUGUGUUCACCACGGCCAUCAUGGCUCCUGGAGAGCGUAUAAAAUGCCUCCUACAGGCCCAGGCAACCACAGGAACGGUGAAGUAUGCGGGACCCAUGGACUGUGUCAAACAGCUGUAUAGAGAGUCAGGCAUCAGAGGAAUCUACAAAGGCACCGCUCUGACUCUCAUGAGAGACGUUCCAGCGAGUGGGAUGUACUUCACAUCUUACGAGUGGUUGAAGAACCUCCUCACACCACCGGGUAAAAGGUGAAUUGCUGUUGAGAUACCAGCUGGUUUGAGAGAGCUGCUGCAGGGAUACACAGUGGAGGUGCUUCGCCGCAGGCCGGCAGACCUUGUUGAGUUUGCUGUGCAGCAUUUUACACGAACUCUGGAAGUCCAGAGAAAGGAUCCGAAAGCCAAGAAACGGAGUGCCAGACCUGCACGGAAAGGAGUGAGCUUUGAAGCAAAGCCAAAUAAGCCCAACAAGGAUGAUGAAGAAGAGGAAGAGGACAUUGUUAAGCCCACUGCCUGUAAAUACAACCGUAGAGUUUCAGUUUGUGCAGAGGCCUACAACCCCGAUGAUGACGAUGAUGAUGACGCAGAGCUUCGGGUCGUGCAUCCUAAAACGGACGAGCAACGGCGCCGACUUCAGGAUGCCUGCAGAGACAUUUUACUGUUUAAAACACUGGAGCAGGAGCAGUUCUCUGAGGUUUUGGACGCCAUGUUUGAGGUGCUGGUCAAACCUCAGGAACACAUCAUUGACCAAGGAGAUGAUGGAGACAAUUUCUACGUGAUAGAGAAGGGUGUGUAUGAUAUUUUUGUGCAGAAGGAUGGAGUGAGUGUGUGCGUUGGAAAGUAUGACAAUAAGGGUAGUUUUGGUGAGCUGGCCCUCAUGUACAACACGCCGCGAGCUGCUACAAUCGUUGCAACGCAGGAAGGUGCCCUGUGGGGCCUGGAUCGAGCCACAUUUCACAGACUGAUUGUUAAAAAUAAUGCAAAAAAGAGGAGGCUGUACGAGGCCUUCAUCGAGUGUGUUCCUCUUCUGAAGUCUCUUGAGCUCUCUGAGAGAAUGAAGAUCGUAGAUGUUUUGGGAGCCCGAGUGUUUAAAGAUGGAGAGCGCAUAAUAGCACAGGGGGAAGAGGCCGACUGUUUCUACAUUGUGGAAUCAGGAGAGGUGAAGAUAAUGAUAAAAAGCAAAACAAAGGCAGGCCAGCAGGAUAACACAGAGGUCGAGGUGGCUCGAUGCUCUAGAGGGCAGUAUUUUGGAGAGCUGGCUCUGGUCACCAACAAACCUCGUGCAGCAUCAGUGUACGCUGUGGGAGAAACCAAAUGUUUAGUAAUUGACAUUCAGGCUUUUGAGCGUUUGCUGGGACCCUGCAUGGACAUCAUGAAGAGGAACAUUUCCCAGUAUGAAGACCAGCUGGUGGCACUGUUUGGCUCUAGUGUAGAUUUAAAACACUGAGACAUUAAGUCAUUUUUAAGUAGUGUACUGUUCUUUGUACAACUUAUAGGAUACAUUGUGUUUUCUUGUGCAACAAUCCCGAUAUGGACAGCAGUAAGGGUUGUGCUUAAAUAUACCAAGCAGUCAGUCAGUCAGAGGGUGAGCUUCAGUUAAUCAGUCCAGUACUGACAGCCCAUCAUACUGUCACUUAACCUUAGCUGAAUAAGUCUCCUUUUAUACUGUAGCUGUGAUAUUUUGACGUGUCACAGCAGGACAAUUAAUAAUGGGCACAUUUUAUGUAGCUACUUCGCUCUAAUGAUCCUGGUUUUGGGCAUGCUCACUGUCGCACUGAAAGUUGAACUAAACACCAUCUUCAAUGUGUGAGUACGUCACUGAUGUAGCAUUGUAUUCCUUUCACACUCUCUGACUCACAAUGGACAGUUUUUUAAAAGUAUAUUAUCAAAUAUUAACGUGGCAGAAGCAGAGAUAUCACACCUACAUUACCCAGAUAUGGGUGUGUUAUGUUCGUAGCCUCAAGCUGAGAUGAGGACAUGGCUACAGAUGUGUGGUAAACUCACUUCUUUGUAAUUCACACACACCUCUCAGGUUUUUAAAUUUUCAGACUUUUGAAAUUUAGGAGACAUUACGCAGCUCCCUCUGGAGCCACAAAAGACUUUAUACAGCACACAUGCAGUCAUCCCGUGGUUUAGUGUUUAAAAAGUUAAAAAACUAAAAUGUGAAAAUGACAUCUUAUAAUCAUGUUUUCCUAAGAGCAAGUAUUUUAUAACUAUUGUUCAAUGUUGCUGUUAUGGUAUUGGUCAGUAUGGUGUGAAAUGUUAAGUGUAACCUGGUUUUUAAAAUGGCAUGUCCUGAGUAUUAAAGCGAGUAAAAAAAAAAAAAAAACAUUCUUGCCAAGCACACGACAAAAAAAUAAAUGAAUUAUCUCUUAAAUAUUCAAGUUUUCUGGAGUUUGUUUUAUUUGAGUUACAAAAUAUGAAGUGCCAUCAGCAGACUCCGCACGGGAGUUUGCCAACCUUCUUGUGUUACAAGUAUUUACACCCAAAAAUCAAGGAUAUCCAUCUAAAUUUCCACACUCUGCGUUCUGUUAUGUCCCAGAGUUCGAGUCUCUGUCAAGUUGUCCAAGUUUAAAUAUUUAAAAUAUUUACAAAGUCCUGUAUUCAAAAACUCCCAAAUCAUACUGUAGCUUGUUCAACGCAAAGGCAGGUGUAACUGCUUCAGUAGUGUGAGAAAAUGAGCAGAGCUGGUGGAAUUAAAGGAGCUGUUAAACGAGCGUGGUCCUCUACAGGUUCUCCAUAGUUUUACAAGUUAUUUCUUCCUCCUCUAAAGAAAGCCUGGCGAGGAAGUCUGUACAUAAUUAUUUAAAAUAAUAUGUUGAAAUGUCUUUUUAGCCAUUGGGGUACAACAGCUUCUAUGAUCCUCUCUUGUGAAAAAAAAAA